AUGCGUCUUCCUCUUGCAUCAACCUUUCGUCGCCCCAUCGCCAUGGCUGUCCGUGCAGCAAGCCGACCAGUCGAAUGUAGGGCCUUUCACAAAGCCAAGGCAGACUUGACGAGUCUCGACAAAAACGGGCUGCCCAGCACGGAGCGGAUCGAUAUCUUUAUCGGAGACCCUGGCGAGAGCUACAUCAUCUUUGACAAAUCUGUCGGCGCUACCAUGGCCGCUGCCGUCAGACCACAGGCCAGUCCGAGUCUUGAGCAGGUGCCGCUGACCUUUUUCCAUGAGAUUGGUUCGAUAAAUCACCACCUUCAGCCCGUCAACGCCAGGGGUGCCGAAAACCCACUGGCCCAGCCUACCACUUUUGCUUCCUACAACAAACAGACAAAUCCCAUCUCGCUCCAACCCGCCAACGCCAUUCACGGCCGCAUCAUGCCGGCCGCCAACUACCGCUUCCUCACCGCCGCGCAGGUGAACCGGCUGCACGCGCGGCACAUUGCGCGCGCGCCGCCGACGCAGCCGGCCAUGCUCGGCUCGGCCGUCCACUCGCCGCUCGACCACCACCGCUACGGCCAGACGGACCUGUUCCAGCUCGCCGGCGUUCUGUCCGAGAAGCUGAUCCUCAACCACCCGUACCAGGACGGCAACAAGCGCACGGCGCUGUUUGCGACCGACAUGUUUCUCCGCCGCAACGGCUACCAGCUGCAGUCGGCGGCGGGCGGCGACGACAACAAGGCGCUGGCGGACGCGCACGUCUGCGUCGCGACGAGGGAGUGGACGUCGGAAGAUGUAGGGAGGCACCAUGCUAGCAUAGCGAAGCCGGUGCCAUGCUCCUGGAUUGAUGAGACGAGUCGGCAUCCACCCGGUGAGAAUACCGGCGGUGGCACUAACGGAGGCUAA